AUGGCCGGCGAAAGACCCGACAUAAUAGUAGCCAUCGAUUUGGGAACAACUUACACAGGCGUGGCAUGGGCACGACCUCAGCGCAAUCAAGUCUUACAAAGCCCGAUCCAGGUCAUCCACAACUGGCCGGGUGGCUCGAGUAAGAAUGAGCAAAAAGUGCAUACUUGCUUGACCUACAACGAUGACAACACCCUAUCUUCCUGGGGCUACCUAUGUGAAGAAGAUGAUCCGUUGAAGAAGAAGCGAGAGUUCUUCAAGAUCUUCCUCGACAAGCAGACCCUGGAGGAUGCUCAUCGACAGGGCAUAAGCCAAGCACCACCCUCUAUCCUGGUUGCGCAGACUCUCGUCACGGAUUACCUGCGUGAGAUAUACAAGCAUGUUAAGUCGACGGUUGAGCUGCACACUGGUAUCAACCAGACCGGGUGGCAGGGACUUGUCGUCCAGUUCGUGUUCAGCGUACCGACGACAUGGCGCACUCACCAGAUCAUCAACCUCUUCAAGGCGUGUAUCGAAGAGGCUGGCUUUGGCACAGAGGGCCAGAAUCAUUCUGCGACGGUCGAGUUGACCGAGUCAGAGGCUGCGGCAGUCGGCACCAUCAAGAGCUCAACCGUCGCCUUUCAGUCAGGGGACGUCUUCCUCUCGGUUGAUGCAGGCGGUGGAACGACAGACUUCGCGUUGAUGCAGGUGGUCGAGGCAAGGGAACCGUUUCCGACGCUGGCUCAGAUCAACCAGGUCGACGGCAUCGGGAUCGGCUCCACGCUAAUCGACCAGGCAUGCGUCUCCUUCGUAAACAGCCGCCUCAGCCAGUUUCCGGAGCUGGUGCACCAGCUUCCUCCAGACUGCGCCGAGCGACUCGUCAAGAGCGAAAGAUUCAGGACGGUGAAGCACAAGUUUGGAGAGAAGGUGUACGCGAAUAAUGCUUAUAAGCUGGUGCUCGACGGUGUGCCGUUCAACUUAAACCACCCAGCAGCAGGCAUUGAGCUGGGCAGAAUAGUCGUAUCCUGGGAAGAAAUGCAGUCACUGUUUGAUCCUCACAUUGAGAGCAUCAUGCGAAAAAUACAGGAACAGCUCGACUGGAUGCAGAUGAACAAUAUUGACCGACCAAUCAGCUAUAUGAUCCUCUCGGGUGGGCUAGGGAGCUCGAAAUAUGUUCGCGACCGCCUUCAACACGAGAUGAUGAUACACCCCCACCCAUAUACACAUCAAGUCAAGAUCAUCCAAGCACCAGAUCCGCAGCUAGUCGUGGUCAAGGGCUUGUUACUAGAUCGACUGCAGAGCCUCGACUCGGGACUCGCUCCCGUGAUCGUUAGUAGGGUUGCCAGAGCCAGCUACGGGUUGAUCUGCAAGGCCAGGUACAACCCAGCGAUCCACUUCAACGAGAACGUGAAGAAGGACCCCUUUGAUGGCGAGCUCUACGCCAUGGGCCAGAUCGAUUGGCUGAUCAGGAAGGGGGAUCCCAUCAGCACCAACACACCAAUUGUCUCCGCAUUCACCAAGAAGGUCGACCCUAGGGACUCUGACCGCACUUGGGACUCAAUCAUCAUGAUAUCAGACUUGGAUCGCGACUUUCUACCACAUAAUGUAGACCAAGAAGGGGCCAAGCAGCUCUGCGUGGUCAAGAGCGACCUCACGGGUGUGCAACACAGCGAAAUGAUAAUGAAGCGCAAAGCAAGGCGGCUGAUAUUUAGGGGAAAGAAGUUCUACUUAUGCUCGUUCGAGGUCCGAGCCAUUGUAGCUCCGGCAGACAUCAGGUUCGAGCUGUGGUUCGCAGGGCAGCGGUUCUCGGGGAACCAUGAUCCGAUCAAGAUAACGUGGGACGCCGAGGGAUCCAAGGUAGGGAGUAGUUGA